UAAAGAAUUUUUGGCUAAGCAGCUGUUUGGGGUGGAGUUAUUGCAACAGAGGCUUUCAGUUUCGUUUUUUUUUCCUCUCUGCUCUUCGAAGAAAGGAUAUCGAGCCGAAUAAAAAGAAAAAUAAUGACAGAAGAGAGCAGGUUCUGCAAAAAUUGUAAACGAGAUGUGUCUGCUGCCAAUUUCUCCCUCCAUGAGGCCCACUGCUUGCGGUAUCUCACUCUCUGUCCAGAAUGUGAUGAACCAGUUGCCCAAAAGGAUAUGAAAGACCAUCAAACAGAAGCACACAAGCAGGUCAGAUGUAAUCUUUGUCACCAAAGCAUGCAGCAGUACCAGUUGGAGCAUCAUGAGACCAAGGAAUGCCAGAAACGAGCAAUGAAAUGCAAGAUCUGUGAGCUUGAAAUGCCCUUCAACAAGCUGCAGGAACACCUGAACACCUGUGCUAGCCGAACAGAGCGGUGUCGGGAGUGUAACAAAUACAUCAUGUACAAAGACCAGAACAAACACAAAGAUAUUUGUCAGAACAGUGGUCUGUCCUAUCAUAAGGAUGUGAACUUUCAAACCAGUGAAGCAUCCGCUAAUGCAACAUUUAUUUGCCCCACUGGUACUGGUGGCAAUCUUUGUCAGAAGUGCAAUAAGUCAUUCCCAGAUGACCAGUACUCCCAACAUCUGAAUAAAUGCAGUGCAGCCCAUAAGCUGACAAAAAUUCUUGCUGGCCAGUUAACUUCAAAACUCAGCAGUGAUCCACCGCAGUCGUCUUCUUCCCUGGCUCCCUCUUCCUGCUCUGAGAAUGCAAUAGUGUGGAAAGACGUCCGUCCCAAAGAGAAAGAAAGGAACCAGCCAUUGACCUCCAAAACCUUGCUUAAACCCCCAAAGAACAAAAAGAUUGGCUUUCCCUCUCCCACAAGAGGCGGACUUUCCACAUCACCUCAAGGUCUUAAAGACACCCAGUCUUUUGACAUGCUGGUGACCUGUGCCCAUUGCAACAUUCUUCUGCCGCUUCCAACCUUUCAGAAACAUGAGAUCAAAUGUCUACGUUUGACAUCUUUGAAAAAUGCUAGGAUAAAACAAAAAUCAAGCCAUGGAGAAAAAGAAGACUCUUCCUACAGCACUCAUGAUUAAAUCUGGAAAUAGAGGCAUGUCUUCAGAUUGAAGCUUCAGCUUAGCUUUAGCAAAAGGCACUGAAAGUGCGAUAGCUUCAUCAACAAAUAAAACUGACUUGCUACUCUGGAUCAAGAACAAAAAGUGACUCAGAUUUUUAUUCCUUAUCAAGAGAGGCAUUUAAAAGGUUUCACCUGAAAACUGUAAAAGUGAUGGGGGCUCAACAGCUGUUGUCAUUUCAAAUAUUUCUAUGUAAGCUUGCCUUAGGAAUGUACUUUUUCCACCUGCUUAACAUCUUACUUCUCAGAUCCAAACGUGUUGGUAUCUGCAUCAUUUAAGCACAAGCACACAUGGGAUGCAAAGU